GUCUAAGAGAAGUGGCCAUGGCACCGCCACGAUGUCCUUUUUGCCGCGAACCUAACUUUCUUCCCAGAAGCCAGAGUUUCGAUUCCAUUCCAUGGAAGCUCCUCGACUCCAGAAUUUCCUGAAGAAGAAGAGAUUCCCAUCGUCGUCAACUCCAUUUCGCGAAGGAUUCAUCUCCCGCCGCUGUAAUUGUGAUCGGAGAGAAUAAUCGGCCAUGGAUGUUCGCGAUCACUACAAGGUACUGGGCUUGAACAGAAGCGCGACGAAGGAAGAAGUCAAGGAGGCAUUCAGGAAGCUGGCGAAGGAAUUUCACCCUGAUAAGCACUCCCAAUCGCCGAAGGCCGUUAGGGACUCCGCUACUUUGAGAUUCAAACAGGUUUCGGAAGCGUAUGAGAUUCUUGGCGAUGAUUGUAAGCGUGCUGAUUAUAAUAUUCGAUCUCGUUGUGCUUCUGGUCCAUCUGUUAAACAACAUUAUUACUCGUCAUAUAAUUCCUAUGCUAAUGCGAGUGGACCUCGAUAUGGAUAUGGUUCUUCCUCUGGAUUUGCCGCUCGCUCUGGUUCUAAUGUCGAUGGCUUGUUCACGAAUUUUCAUAUGCUGCUCCGGUUUCUCACCACGCGUGCGUUUCUUCUCAAUUUGGCUUUCGCCGGUGUUUUAGUUGGUGGCAUGUUUGCAAUUGACACAAGUGGGGAGGCCUUGUGGAAGAUGCACAAUUCUGGGAAAUCGUUUGAAGAAGCCAUGGAAUCAAUCAAUAAAGCCAAAACACAAGAAGAUGCUUAAAGGGCUUGCAUUCGAAAGUCAUUUCCCUACCACCGGAUGGCGUUUUCAUGUCUUCUGACUGUGGGGAUCACAUUUCUCAACGUAAGUGAAGUUGAAACUGACUGGACUGUACAAAGAAUCGGAGAGCUGCAUGAAAUGUACAUAUACUAAUCUUUUUCUUAACCCCUCCUGCUUCAUGUCAUUAUAGAUAUAUAGAUUUUAUGAAACUUUUCUAAGUGUUAUCUGCAUUUUCAUGUGGCGCAGUGUUGUCUGGUGUGACAAAUUUCGCCAUGAAUUCGAGCAUACUCUAGUGGAUAAGGUAUCAAUUAGGAUGUUAUAGAUUUUUGUUGAACUAAAAAUAAUGUAUUGCAGGGUAGGGGUUGUAUUCGUGUAGAAGAAAAAUAAAAAUUGUGCGCUCAUUAGGGUCUUACAAAACGACAAUUAUUUAAAUAUGUUUGUAUGGCCGGAAAAGCCAAAGGAUCUAACGUAUGAAGUUUUACUACAGUUACUUGAAAUGUGUUUGGAUAA